CAAAUCUCCGAUCGAAUCUCUCUACUCAGCCGAAACAAUGAGUGAUUACGGUGAAAAGACUUGCCCAUUGUGUGCAGAGGAGAUGGAUUUGACUGACCAGCAAUUGAAGCCCUGCAAAUGUGGCUAUCAGAUUUGUGUUUGGUGCUGGCACCACAUAAUGGACAUGGCAGAGAAAGAUCAAUCAGAAGGGCGCUGUCCAGCUUGCCGCACUCCAUAUGAUAAAGAAAAGAUUGUUGGGAUGACUGUUGAUCACGAGAGACUGACCUCUGAAGGCAAUAUGGAUCGCAAAAAAACACAAAAGUCAAAAUUGAAACCUUCUGAAGGGAGAAAGCCGCUAACAAGUGUCCGAGUGGUUCGGAGAAAUCUUGUUUACAUUGUUGGGUUGCCCCUAAAUCUAGCAGAUGAAGAUCUUCUCCAGCAUAAAGAGUAUUUUGGUCAGUAUGGAAAGGUUCUAAAGGUUUCCAUGUCCCGAACAGCAACAGGUCUCAUCCAACAGUUUCCUAACAACACAUGCAGUGUAUAUAUCACUUAUGGCAAAGAGGAAGAGGCUGUUCGAUGUAUUCAAUCUGUUCAUGGGUUUAUCUUGGAUGGUAAAGCACUGAAGGCAUGUUUUGGGACCACAAAGUAUUGUCAUGCAUGGUUAAGAAACGCGGCAUGCAACAAUCCUGAUUGCCUCUAUUUGCAUGAGGUUGGCUCUCAGGAGGAUAGUUUUACAAAAGAUGAGAUCAUAUCAGCUUAUACAAGAGUUCAGCAAAUCACUGGAGCAACAAAUACUAUGCAAUACCGUUCAGGGAGCAUGCUACCUCCACCAUUGGAUGCUUAUAGCAGUGACAGUUCUACUGCAAAUCCAAUUGCAAAAGUUCCUUCUACUACUUCAGUUAGUGCUCCUAGGAGUUCUCCACCUAGUGGGAGCUCUGGUAAAUCAACUGCUCUUCCUGCUGCGGCAUCAUGGGGGGCACGUUUAACAAAUCAACACUCUUUAGCAACUUCAGCUUUGUCAAAUGGAUCUUUGGAUAAUCAAAGAUCAACAUCAGAGAAUGGAACUUUGGCUAUGUCGACAGUUGUUGCAAAUGCAGCUCAUGGGCCUGUAUCCUGUAGUAACGCUCUUCAGAAACCACCUCUUAAGGAAGAAAUUCAAACAUUGGCUGAAAAAAGUAAACCUAGCGUGUUGAAGCCUUUGCAGCAGAAGAUUGUGUUGGAUUCUGGGUCCAAGAGAACUACAUCACCUAAUAGAGAUCCUAGUAGCAAUCAGAUAUCCUGUUUAGAAGAGUCUUCCUACAAUAGCAGAGUCAUUGACCAGCCUUCUGCUGUUGAGAAUUCUUUUGAACACACAAAUGAGAUUGCUGAAGAUUUCCCCGAUGUUAGUAACUUGUUGGCUGAUGUUGCAUGUAUGGGGAUAACUACAAAUUCUAGGGAUGAAGCUACUGGUGUUCCAGUAGCUAUUGGUACUCAUUGUGAUCAAGGUUCUAUUACACAACCUGAUAACGAUGUACAAAAUCUCGAGCGCUUUAGAAAACAUUCUCCUACAACCACUUAUGCAGAAGCUGGCAUAUCACAGAAUGAGAUUCAUGGUUCAAGGCCAGAGUGGGAUUGGAGAUCAGGUUCGCGAUCCCAGAUAGAUGUUAAGGCACCGGUGGAAGCCGAUGAUUUCUCAUCAUUCAAUAACAAUAGGCAGGAUGUUGCAGAGGCUGUUAGCCACUCCACUUAUAUGUUUAGUUCAUCAAGCUCAAUUCUGGAUUCAAAUCAUCUAGCUUCUCGUUCGUUCCAGACCCGGGAAACUUCUGGUGGGAUGGAUUCAAAUACUGGGUCCUCCUUUGAAAUAGGUAGCGAUAGAUUGCAUCUUCCAAAUGGAUUUUCUGAGAAAGCCAUAUCCAAUAUGGAGCAUUCAUUAUUUGCAAAUGAAGGCAGGAGCAACAUUCAGAAUGCAGAGGAUGAUAUAAUUUCAAACAUUUUAGACUUUGAUCCCUGGGAUGAAUCCUUGACUUCGCCACACAAUUUUGCAAAAUUACUUGGCCAGAGUGAUCGUAGGGCUAGUACUCUGCAAUCUUCUAACAUCCUUAAGCAACAUAAUGACCAGUCCAGAUUCUCUUUUGCUCGGCAUGAAGAAUCAAAUAGUCAAGCGUAUGACAAUAAAAGUUACAGCAUAUAUGGGCAGUUGUCAAGAGAUCAGCCUCUUCAGGAGUUCGGAGUGAACCGUGAUAUGUAUCAGGAUAAGCUCGGCAGUCAAAAUGGUUUUGCCUCAAACUAUUCUGGCGGAUAUGAACAAUUUGCUGCUAGUCCUGGAUUAUCUUCUUACAAGAGUCCUGUGGCGAGGACUCAAGUUUCUGCUCCUCCUGGAUUUUCUGCUCCCAACAGGUUACCUCCUCCCGGUUUCUCUUCACAUGAAAGAGCCGACCUGUCUUCUGAUAUUGCAUCAGGAACUCGUUUAUUUGACUCAGCCAAUUUGUUGAGGAACGCAUAUCAUGUACCACCUCCAAGUGGAAAUUUGAAUGCUGAUAUUGAGUUUAUUGAUCCUGCAAUUUUAGCUGUUGGAAGGGGAAGACUUCACAAUGGGAUGGAAACAGCCGAUUUUGAUAUGAGAUCAGGGUUCUCUUCUCAGCUGAAUUCAUUUGAGAACGAUGCAAGACUUCAAUUGUUGGCGCAUCGGUCUCUGGCUGCACAGCAAGUUAAUGGAUUUCACGAUCCCAGAAACGUUAACAACUUCUCUUCUUCAGUCUCUGACCCAUAUGGGAUUAUUAGUUCGAGGCUAAUGGAUCAAACACAAGGAGCUGGCUUAUCUCCUUUCACACAGUUGCCUAGACAAGCUUCACCAAAUCCAUUGUUGUCAAAUGGACACUGGGAUAAGUGGAAUGAACCCCAAAGUGGUAACAAUCUUGGGACUACCCAGCUUCUAAGGAAUGAACGGAUGGGCUUUAAUGACAACGUCUACAGCCGUUUUGAAGAGCCUAAAUUCCGGAGGCCCAGUCCUGGAGAUCCGUACAACAGAACAUACGGGAUGUGAUUCUCAGAAUUCUGAUUGGUUGGAUUUUCUCUUAAGACCGUCUCAAAAGAAGGAUUGUUGUUUGGCUGAUUCCAGUGUUGGAAGAAUCAUAGUUGAAACUGCUCUGCCUAUUUUGCCCAUAUCAUACCAGACCUUCGAAUCAACAAUCGCAAUAUUGGCUCCCCCAAAGCAGUUUUAACUCAAUUGGAGGAUAACCUUACCAUGUUGGCGUUGUAUCAGCAAAAAUUUGAUGCUUCAGUGCCUACUGUUGAUUCAGAAGGUAAUUUUGAUCUACAUUUGCAUACUGUAUAAGGCUGAACUACUGGAAAAAUCUGGCGCGUUACCAUUUGUAUAGAGCCUACAAGAACAAUAUCAGUCUAUGCUUUGUAAUGCUUUUGUAAUUUGUACAAAGAAGAGAGUGUAUCUUUCCUUGUGCAACCUCUUCAUUUCAUUACUCUUAUCCAAUACCAAAUUGAAUGAAAGAAAUUAACAGCA